CUACUAGAAGGCUACUGAUGUAGUCGUGAGUUUUCUUUGUGAGUAUGAAUGAUCUGUAGGCCUUUUCGUUCGUAUUCAAUGUUGACGCUUUACUUUAUGUUAAGAAACUAGUACUACUUUUUAUUAGGCUGAAAAAAUGAGAAAAGGCGGCUCUUCAACUUCGAAGGCAUCGGGCGCGCCUGAUUCAACAAGUUCCCGCUGCAGGACAGCUGGUGGAGUGCAUAACUCGACGAGUAGACGGGAGCAAGUUCGUUCAGCGGGAAACAUGCGGUAUUUUAAUCACAGCAGUCAAAGUAAGAGUUUGGCCUCUGCUAUGGAGCGACUUGUGGCUGCAGCAGAAGUUUCUCAAGAAUGUAAUAGUAGAAGUAGCAAUAAGCGGGCUUCUUCGCCGAAGCUGGUAAGAUUUCCCGCAAGAAAGAAAAGCCGAAGCAUCGAUCAGGUGGCAGAUAGAAGACGAGUAGAAGUUGCAGGCCGUCCCCAGCCUUUGCCUUCAUCAUGUGCUUCUUCUUCUUUAUUUGCGUCUGAAGUCGAGCGCGAGCGAAAAACUGACAGCCGAUGUCUAAGUCCACAAGGUCCCCGUCGUGUUCGCGACCGCGAGCAGGCUGAUUUGUCAGUUGGGAAGCUCAACGAUCUGAAAGUGCUCGAUCAAGCUUUCCUAACCGGAGGUGGUCACCAGAAAUCGGGAAACGUCGAUGAAGUAGAGAUGCCCAAGAAUGCUAGCAAGAAGAGAAACCAAAGGGAUUUGGCGUCGUCUUUCU